AUGGAUAUUGAGCAUGGAAGAGAGGAAGAACGUCAGAAAAAACUUAAAGAUGCCGAAGACAGGAAAAAAAGAGAUGAUGCUUUACAAAAAGCCUUACAUGACAAAAAUAUUUUUAAUCCGGAGGGCAAGGGUACUAUCAUUACCGCUAAAAAUGUCCAUCACUUAGGAAUUCGCAAUACAAAUGGGGCUAAUUUUGAGUGCAAUAGUGAACAAUGUCACAUAAAUCCGUCCGCACCAACCUUAAUUUUUUCUGAGAAGAUAAAUACUUAUAUUCAUAAUGUUUUGUAUGAUAUGACACUUGGUCAUGAGUUUAGUGAUAAACCUUAUAUUGUUUUUAUCGAAGAAGCCGACCAAGGAAUAAAUGCACUGGGUAAAUCAGGACGAGCCGAUGAAAAAAAUAAAGGAUUGCUCGAAGAAUAUAAAAAUUUCCUUUCUAAAAGCACUGACCAAGAGGGAUUAAAAGGAGAUGCCCAAGACCUUAACUCGAUUAUUAUUAUUGCUACCAACAAUUUUGAAAGUAUUGACCCUGCUGUGUUCCGUCGUGGUAGAUUAGGAGAAAAACUUAACUUUAAUUGA